AUGGGAGCCCUUCAAAAUUGGCUCAAUUCGUUUAAGCGAGCCGAGACUGGUGUUGGCAAGGAGCCAGCAUUUGGCGGAGAGCCUUCUGAUACAGGUAGUGAGAAAAAACAGCCUCUUGGAAAAGAUGAAUUUGCCAACACCACUGUGGCAGUAAAAACAGAGGAUGGUGGGAUCAUUGCUGUACCCGAAGAAACUAGCCUGAAGAGAACUCUUAAGAGUCGCCAUAUUCAGUUCAUCGCCCUUGGAGGAAGUAUUGGUACUGGUCUCUUUGUCGGUUCUGGGUCAAAUCUCAGCACUGGCGGUCCUGGCUCCAUUAUUGUGGCAUAUCUUAUCGUGGCCGUUAUGAUUAUACCUGUUAUUUUUGCUAUGGGGGAAUUGUCAGCUGUUCUCCCUGUGACUGGAGCUUUCUCGACCUAUGCUACACGGUUUAUUGAUCCUUCCUGGGGUUUUGCAAUGGGAUGGAAUUAUUUUCUUCAGUGGCUUGUGGCGUUCCCCUUGGAAGCUACAGCAGCGACUAUCCUCAUCAGCUUUUGGGAUACAGAAGAAAAAGUCCCUAGAGGAGUGUGGAUUGCUAUUUUUUGGCUCAUUAUUGCCUUUAUCAACCUUUUCGGCGUACGUGGAUAUGGCGAAUUCGAAUUUGUUGCGACAACCAUCAAAGUGUUGGGUAUCAUUGGGUUCAUCAUUUGCGCAAUUGUUAUUGAUUGUGGUGGUUCUCCUUCUGGUACCUAUCUUGGUGCUCGAGGCUGGCAUACCACGGAUGCCUUUUUGUAUGGCUUUAAAGGCUUUUGCUCGGUAUUUAUUACUGCUGCUUUUGCUUUUUCAGGUACAGAACUCGUUGGUUUGGCUGCUGCGGAGACAUCCAACCCUCGAAGGGCAAUUCCAAAAGCUAGCAAGCAGGUGCUUUUGCGUGUUUUGCUAUUUUAUAUUUUGUCUCUGUUCAUGAUCACACUCAUCGUUCCUGCCGAUGACCCUCGGCUUCAAGGUUCAAGCAACGACGCUCGGGCUUCUCCUUUUGUGAUUGCCAUUGAGCUCGGCCAAAUCCAUGCGCUUCCCCAGAUUUUUAAUGCAGUUAUCCUGCUAUCUGCCUUGUCUGUCGGUAAUGCUUCAGUAUAUGGAGGCAGUCGAACACUUCUCUCUCUUGCUGAGCAAGGUAUGGCUCCAAAACUUUUCCGCUUCGUUGACCGAGCGGGCCGCCCACUACCAUCUGUACUGCUUUGUCUUGCUUUUGGAUUCCUGGGUUUCCUAAUCUAUGCUUCCAACAGUAACACCGUGUUUACAUGGCUUUUGAGUAUUUCGGGUCUCUCUGCGGUCUUUGCUUGGGGUUCAACUUGUUAUGCACACAUUCGGUUCCGCACUGCUUGGAUUCGUCAAGGCAAUUCUCUGAAAAUGCUUCCGUGGGCUUCACCUUUGGGCGCUUGGGGUUCAUGGAUUGGCUUAAUUCUAAACAUUUUGGUAAUUAUGGCUGCAUUCUAUUCCUCUGCCUGGCCUAUUGAUGAAGCAACCAUGAACGGAAGUGACCGUGUCAAUACCUUUUUUGAAAACAUGCUUUCACUCCCGGUUGUUUUGCUCUAUUUCAUCGGUCAUAAAAUUUGGACCCGUUCUCGCUAUGUUCGCAUCGAUGAAAUCGACGUUCAGACAGGUCGAAGGGAUCCUGUCUCUGAAGAAGUGCUCGAGCAAGAACGUGCGGAAUGGCGUGCCCUUCCGAUGUGGAAGCGCCAUAUUAUUACCGGCUCUGAGCUAAACCAAGAGGGAGUACCUAGUGAAGAUUUUAAACGCGAACUUGAUUCGCGCCAUUUGUCAUUUCUUGCUCUAGGCAGUGGUAUUGGCACAGGUCUCUUUAUUGGCUCAGGAAACAUUUUGGCUACAGGCGGUCCUGGUUCUCUUAUGAUCGACUUCAUCAUCCUUGCUUUCAUGGUCGUGACUGUUAUAUUUGCUGUGGGUGAAAUGUUAGCAGCAUUUCCGCGAGCCGGAACUUAUUCGAGCCUGAUGACGCGGUUCGUGGAUCCAUCCCUUGGGUUUGCCGUGGGACUGAAUUAUCUGCUGACAUGGUUGAUUAUUUUCCCUGUUGAGCUUACUGCUGCUACCAUGGUGAUUCAGUAUUGGGAUCCUAAUGAACAUGUACCGAAGGGUAUUUGGGUUGCGAUCAUCAUGGCAUCCGUGUUUCUUAUAAACUUGUUUGGUGUACGGUUUUUCGGCGAGGUUGAAUUUUUCACUACUUCAAUCAAAAUGCUUGCAAUUAUUGGCUUUAUCAUCUGUGCUGUUGUGAUUGAUUGCGGUGGUACGCCUCGAAAGCACUACUUUGGCGCCGACACCUGGCAUAAUCCUGGAGCCUUUGCAAAUGGGUUUAAAGGGUUCAGUAACGCCUUUGCGUUUGCUGCGCUUGCCUACGGUGGUUCAGAGAUCGUUGGUAUCACAGCGGGCGAAGCGCGGCAUCCGCAUAAGUAUCUACCCCGAGCCUGUAAGUUUAUUGUAUACCGGGUCAUUCUAUUUUUUAUACUGUCCUUGUUUAUGGUAACGCUACUUGUCCCUUACGAUGAUCCGAGACUGCAAGGAUCUAGCUCGAAUCCGCGUGCUUCUCCAUUUGUGAUUGCCAUCAAGCAAGGCAAUAUAUACGCGCUUCCUAGUAUAUUCAAUGGUGUCAUCUUGAUAUCGGUUGUGUCUGUGGCAAAUGCGGCGUUGUAUUCAAGCAGUCGCCUGGUGCACAGCAUGGCCAAGGAUGGGUUUCUCCCGCACUUCCUCGUUUUUCAAGACAAAAAGGGACGUCCCUGGCUUGGCUACGUGGUAGUUCUCUUGUUUGGCUUGCUGGGGUUUUUGGUAUAUUCAGCUUCAGAAAAUGAGGUAUUUAAUUGGCUGGGGAGUAUUACAGGUCUUUCGGUGAUCAUCCUCUGGGCGGCGCUGUGCAUGGGUCACAUUCGUUUCCGGCAAGCCUGGCGAUUACAAGGGCAUUCGCUGAACGAACUUCCGUGGACCUCACCCCUGGGUGAACUAGGUUCUUAUUUCGGCGUCUUGGUAAACCUUCUGGUUCUUGUGGCUACCUUUUAUACCUCUGCCUUCCCCAUUGGAGAAGGAGAAAUGGACUCACGCGACAGAGGGAAGAAUUUCUUCCAGAAUUAUCUUUCUGUAGUCAUCAUUCUGUUCUCCUUCUUUGUCCACAAACUGUUCACACGGUCUUCUGUUGUUAAGCUCCGAGAUAUCGACUUGGUUUCUGGCUUGCGACCGUCUGAGCCUGACGUGAUACUCGAACAAGAGCGUCGGGCUCUCCAACAACGACCUCGUUGGAAAAAAAUUCUAGCAGGCUCUACCAUGGGAAUCUUUUCUAGCUGGGCCGAUAGCUUCAAACGCGCAGAUACCCAGUUCGGCGCUGAUCCGGACUAUGCGAGCGAAUUCGUCAAAGAAGGAGGGGACAAAGCCGUGCUAGGCAACGAAGAUUAUGCGAAUGCCACUAGCCUGGUUCAUACCGACAAUGGAGGUAUUGCGGUUGUCCCCGAAAAGUCGGCACUGAAGCGGAACUUGCAUAACCGCCAUAUUCAAUUCAUCGCUCUCGGUGGCGGUAUCGGUACAGGUCUCUUUAUUGGUUCCGGAAGUGAGCUGGCCACGGGUGGCCCAGGAAGUCUGAUUAUCAAUUUCUUAAUCGUCGGUGUGAUGAUUAUGUGUGUGGUUUUCAGUCUGGGUGAGCUUGCAUCAACGUUGCCUGUGUCUGGUGCAUUUUCUGCCUAUGCUUCGCGAUUCGUUGACCCUGCGUGGGGCUUUGCGGUGGGCUGGAACUACUAUCUGCAGUGGCUCAUUGUCAUGCCGCUUGAGUUCACAGCUGCAGCCAUUGUCAUUCAAUUCUGGGAUCCCGAUCAAAAAGUACCACCUGGUAUAUGGAUCAUGAUUUUCUUCCUUGUCAUUACGGCGAUCAAUCUUUUUGGCGUUCGCGGAUACGCGGAAUUUGAGUUUUUCGCAACAGCCCUCAAAGUCAUUACGGUACUGGGUCUCAUUAUCACACUUAUAUGUAUCGAUUGUGGCGGCACACCCAGCAAUAAGUACUUGGGCACGGGCACAUGGCACAAUCCGGGGGCCUUCAAUGCUGGGUUUAAAGGAUUCUGUUCAUCCUUCACGGGCGUGGCAUUUGCGUUUGCGGGCACAGAACUGGUUGGAUUGGCUUCGGCAGAAACGGCCGAGCCACGCAAAGUUCUGCCGAAAGCGUGCCAGCAGGUGGUCAUCCGUAUUGUGCUGUUUUACAUUCUGUCACUGCUGCUGGUAACAUUUGUCGUGCCUUACAAUGAUCCUCGUCUGACGAACGGCCACGGUCACUAUGACCCUCAUACCUCACCAUUCGUGAUUGCACUCAGGAUUGGUCAGAUCAAGGUCCUUCCUCACAUUGUCAAUGCCGUCAUUAUCGUGUCGACAUUGUCGGUGGCUAAUUCAUCCGUCUAUGCUUCAAGCCGCACGAUGCUGUCGUUGGCCGAGCAGGGAUUUGCACCCAGCCUGUUCAAGUACGUGGACCGUGCUGGCCGCCCCCUCCCGGCGGUCAUUGUUUCCCUGGCCUUUGGCUUGCUCGCCUUCCUCAUCUAUGCCUCAAACGAAGGCACCAUUUUCAGCUGGAUGCUGAGUAUCUCUGGUCUCUCCGCCAUUUUUGCAUGGGGCUCUAUUUGCCUGUGUCACAUUCGUUUCCGCGCCGCGUGGAAGUAUCAGGGCCUGACCUUGCGACAGCUUUCAUGGGCGUCGCCGCUCGGCACCAUCGGCUCUUACAUCGGUCUUUCCCUGUGUAUUCUGGUCGUGAUUGCCACCUUUUAUGUGAGCGCAUUCCCUAUUGGCGAAGCUAGCAUGAAUGGGAAUGAUCGCGCGGAAAACUUUUUCAAUGGCAUGAUCUCGCUAGUCAUUGUCAUCGUGUUUGGCUUGGUGUAUAAGCUAUUUGCGCGCACACGAUUUGUUCGCCUGGGAGAGAUGGAUAUUCAUACGGGCCGACGCGAAUCUGUGGGCGACGAAGUACUUGAGCAGGAGCAGGCCGAGAAGCGUGCGCAGCCAAUGUGGAAGCGCGUGCUUGGCACAAUAUUUUAG